CAAAAUAUUCUUAAUUCUAAUAAACACAAAAAUGUAUCUCAGUGUACUCACCUGAUGUUAAGUGUCAAAAAAUCCGAUUGUCAAUUUUGAUAAAAAUCGAGCUAAUUUAAAAAUUUCGAAAAACCUGUAACAAAAUAUAAUUUGCAAUUUUCAUACAACCGUAAGAAGUAUUUCAUAAAUAAGAACAUCUAACUUAUUGCAACAAAUUAUCCACUUACCAAUGGGUGCAGGAAAUUCCACGCCGCAGACAGCGCACAUCAUUAAUCCAGUGCGUGCCAACGCUAUACACGUCACACCAAGCGUUAUAAAUCGCCUGGAAAGCGCCAAGCAACAAAUCGCCGAAGUUGCAGUGCCGGCACCAACAAAAGACGAACCCAUACAUUGUGCACGCUGCUGCACCUGUGGCUUCUUCAAGGGCAAAGACAAAGAGGCCAGCUUGUUGGCGAUGAAAUCAAACGAAUUGCAGGAAGCGCAAUAUGUAAAAACUUUGGAGAAAUUGGAAGCCAUGCUAGGCAAGCCCGUACGCUUUUCCGAAGUUCACAGCAAAACCCUAAAGAAAUUGGAGCACAAGCUGAUGAAAUGCUAUGCAGAUAAUCCACGCCAGCCGCUGGUGUGUGCCGAUGCAGCAAAGGAAUAUCAGAAUUUUGUAUUUAAGCAGCAAUUCGAUUCAAUUCUUAAUGUCAAACAUAUAACAACACAGAAAUACUAAUAAACUUUAAUUUUCACAUCGUUAAACACCACUUAA